GCAUCAGUUCAAUUACUACACUGACAGUGUUAUCGUUCGAGAGAUAUCUGAUGAUCAGCAAGCCAUUCCGAGGCAAGCAUCUCAAUCACAAGGGAUCUGCCUUCCUUGUCAUCUCCAUCUGGAUCUACUCUCUCGCUCUCACCACGCCACCGCUCUUUGGAUGGGGCGAAUACAUUAACGAGUCAGCUAAUAUCAGUUGUUCGGUGAAUUGGGAGACAAGCAACUACAACCACACCACCUACAUUGUCUACCUGUUUGCGAUGGGAUUGUUCGUGCCAGCCUCUGUCAUUUGCUUCUCCUAUCUUAAUAUCAUCAGAUCUAUGAAGAAGAACGUUCGAGUAGGCGGUCACGUGACCAAGGCAGAGAAGAAGGUGGCAAUGAUGGUUGCCAUAAUGAUAGUGGCGUUCUUCUUCGCGUGGACGCCCUACGCCAUCUUGGCUCUGCUGAUUGCAUUCGCCGACGCCCAGGUGGCGCCCUGGCUCAGUGUGGUGCCAGCCCUCAUGGCUAAGAGUUCCAUUUGCUACAACCCUAUCAUCUAUGUGGUGCUCAACACACAGGCAAAGAGAGCUGGCAGUCUUGUACAUGAAAUAAUGGACGAUGACCACCCUGAGGAAGUUGUCAAGGAAUUGGACCUAUUCUCCACUCUGUUACUACACCGUUGUCCACACGUUGAUGCUUUUGGAUUUUUUCAAGUUGAUUAUAAGAUUUUGCUUUCGAUAGUGUCCGUCAUCGCACCUGGUGUGAUAUUCUUUGCCGAGGUGAUCAGUGAUAACUACUCAGCAAGAAUGAAAUGGAGUUCCAACAAUAACACAGUAACUUAGAAAAAAUGUUUGUAGGAUUUGUUCAAAUUAUGAAUGAACUUUGAAUAAAUUGUGAAUGACAUAAGAUAAUAAUAAUAAUAAUAAUAAAAA